AUGGCCUCCUUUACCCUUCCCUCUUACUUUAUGCCUAUCUACCCCAACUACUACUUUGGCCACCGCACAGAACACCACGUCCAGCUUGCGCCUGAACAUUUACAACAGAUGUACUUGCAAGCGCGAUUCGAAAUCGAGCAGAGUAAAUUUUCAUUGAUGAUUGACAGUAUAUUUGAAGAAUAUUACGGGCACGGCAACUACAACAUUGACAACUACUACAUCGUUAGCCAACAGCAGGCACCAUGGGCGCCUCAACCAAGCAAGAUAACAACACUGUAUUCGCCAAUAACAAUCGCUGACACCUCAUAUGCAGAUGCUCCACUCCACUUUGGUGGUUACAAUGCUCCGUUCACACCGAUGCACCUGAUGCAUCAGGUUCAACUACAGGUCCCACAAAAUGGACCUGUCCCUACCCCUGACCCCUUCCCUUCUCGAGCAAACGCGAACCAGAGUUCUUCGUGUAAUAGUCCGGCAGAGAUAAUUGACCUUACCGAAGAUAAUUUGAUUGAGGCAUCCAGUUCGGCUUCUGCUUUGGCCAAUGAGGUUAUUGCUGUCCAGUCUGCUGCAUCUGAAGAUCCUCGGCUCUUGUUUCCGAGGUCGCUGCCGAAAUAG